AUGGGGGCAGAGCAGGGGAGGGAGUGGCCAUGGGGGGGAGCAGCCCCCGGGGCCCCAGGAGGGAGAGGGAGGAAGGGCCAGCCCGGAGCCGAGGAGGCCUGGAUUCCAGGUCCUGGGCCUGGUGACAGACACCCGGCCUCCCACAGCACAGGGGUGGAUCUGGGGGAGCUCCUGACGGAGAACUGCCUCUCCCAGGGAAAGCCGGGCUCCCCACAGAACUUGGGGCCCUGGAAGAAGGGCCUGGAGGAGACGGACCCAGCCCGCCUCGGGGGUGAACGCCGGGAGCCGGAGAGCUACCUCCUCCCGAGGGUCAUUGUCCGGGGAGCCCAGAGAGGCUGGGGACGGUCCAAGGGCUCGCGAGCCCUUGCUCACGAGUGGGCCCACAGUAGGGAAGUGGGGGCUCCCCCACCCCACCCCGAGGUGGGAUGUGCCUGGGAGCCGGGAAGGACGGCCCAGCCCCAGGUUCAAGGCUUCACCGCCGCUGGGGCCUUUUGGCUACGGCGACUUCCCACAAAAGGAAAGAGGUCUUUGCUACCCGAGUUCCCUGGCUCAGGAAGCAGCCCCAGCGCCCAGUCCCGGCACGGAGCUCCCAGCCCCCAGGCUCCCAGCCCCCAGGCACGGAGCAGAUGGAGACACCCCGAGGGCUCCGGGGCCGGGAAAACACCGGGAGCCGGGGACCACCCAGGCUGGGCCUUGAAGGAAAGGGCUUCCCAAAGGGCGGCCAGCUUCCCUCCCUCCUCUGUCCAGGGCCCGAGGCUUCCUGAAAGGGGGGACACCAGUGGGGGCUCUGGGUUCUCGGGGGCCCAGCCCCCCCCCCCCACAGUGGGCAAGCGCCUGGGACAAGAACAGGCUCCCAGCAGGGCUACCGUGGAGAGGAGUCGUAAGGCCUCUGCCAAGGCCUUGGACCCGUUACUGCCCUUGCCACCCCAAACCCGGCGGGCAGGGCGGUCCCCUCCUACGACGGGGUCCCCGCCGAAAAGGCCUGGGAGAGAAAAGCACACGGGACUCGGCCAGCAGGGAACACCGGAAAACAUGCACGGCGAAAGCACAUGGAACCGCGGCACCCAAGGUUGCACCGAGCCGCCUGGGCGACAAGCAGACCGGCCCGCCAACAACUCGCAUCAGCACCAUGGAAGAAAGGGCUACAAGGGCCAGGCCGACUUGGUUUCCCCAACCCGUCCCAUCACCUCCCAAGGCCAGCUGCUGACCCUGGGCAUCCCCAUCCCUGGGGGCUGGGGCCUGACAUGGAAGCGAUGGGGACCUGAGGGGAAAGCACCGAAGUGGGGAGCCCGGCCCCCUGCGGACUCUAGCUGUGCUGUCCAACAGGCCACGCCCCCCACCCUCCAGGCCACGCCUCCUCAGGGCCAGGCUGGACGCCACAAAGGAGGCUUUGCCCUGGGACGUCGCCCUCCCCGAGGGCCAGGCGGGCACCCGAGUCUCCCCAACGGCACCCACCCGGUUACCAAGUUCUACCCACCUCCCUCACUGGCAUCAGCAUCUCCUACUCCCAGGACCAUCCCCCAAGGCCUCGAUGGCCCCGGGGCCUCCUCCCCCCAGGGCUUCCAUCCCCCUGGGCCCUUCCGGAGAAGGGGUUGGCCGGCCCAGAAGCAGACCCGGCACCUGGACUUUUCUGGGGUCCAAAUUUCCCACGCCCUGGCCCGCCUGCCUGGGGCCACCCCAAAGACAGGCGAAGGGAAACCUAGCCCCGCCCCCAUGGGCCUCCCAGGCCCCAGCCACACCCCCUUGCGGGAAACCCUUUCUCUCCCCCGCAUUGGAGGGCCAAGGCUUUAUUCAAAAGCCCGGGUUCCCCGGCCCAUGGGGAAGCCCCAGCAGCAGUUUGGGGACCCGGGGAUCCGGGCCCCCGGCCCGGCUUUCCCGGCCAUCGCGCCGGGCCGGGUUGUCGCCGGGCGGGCGGGGCGGCCGUGGGACGUGCAGUCGAUCGGAGGAAGCUCUGUCAGAAGGCGGGAGGCGCCGAGCAGCCCCGACCCCCGGGCUCGGCCGAGGGGUGCCUGGAAGGCUGACUCUGGUCCGCGGGGCCGCGAGCUCGGGGACCAGGCCGGGGCUGGAGAGCAAGCUCAGGCGGAGGCGGCCCCGACGGGGCGGGCGGAGGCAGCGGGCACCCGGCAGCGCUGGGGGCAGCAGCAGCGGCGGCGGCGGCGGCGGAGCCGGGGACUGCGCCCCGGGCGCAUCGCGGGCGGCUCGGGGCCGCGCUCGGGUUCACGCUCGGAGGUGGGACCGGGGCGGCGGCGGGAGGGCGGACGGGGCCCUGGGACGGGGCGGGCCAGCCCGCGGGCUGCGGGAUCGCGCGUCCGGCUGGGCCCGCUCAGCUCCCGGGUUCCGGCUCCCCGACUCUCCUGGCCCGACUCGGAGCCUUCGAUCCGGCCAGACUCGACACUCCCGGCCUGGUUCAGCGCUCCCGGUCCGCAGCCAUUCGGUGCCUGCCAGGAAAGUUCCCGCUGCUGCCGCCGCGGCCGCCGCCGUGUCCCUGCUCUUGGCAAGUUCCUGCAGGAGGAGGGGGAGGAGGCAGGGGCGGGGAGGGGCGGGGCCCGGGUGGGCGGGGUCUCGGAGAGGCGGGGCCGGCAGCUCCGGGUGGGGGGGCGCUGGAGGCCGAGCGGCCCCGGCCGUGCGUGCGCACGUACGGCCUUCCUGCGUGGGGGCCUCCGGUCCGGCCGGCCGCGCGUGGGCCACCGCCCCGCCGCCCCCUCCUCCCGGGCUCGCGCCUCGGCUCCUCGGCUGCAGCGGCCGCGGCGGGGGGCGUCGCGGGCUUCGGGGCUCCAGGAUCCUCGGCUCCGCUCGGCUCCGCUCGGCUCCGCGCCCCGUGACGUCACGGCCGGUUGGGCUGGCCCCCCCACCAAGCCCUUCCAUCCGAGGGUUUUAUUUGGCUUCUGCGAAUUCCCCAGUGUCUGCACUCCUGUGCUCGAGAACAUUCAGCGGCUCCUUGGAAUGAAAGCCAGCAGCUUCUCCGGCACUAGUGGUGAAGCCCUUUCCCUUUUGCCCUGGAAGGUUAGCCCAGCCGUGGCUCCCUGUGGUGCACAUUCCGCCCCUCACCUCCACGCCUCGGAAGGCCCCUCCGUCCUUGCCCCAAAUGGCCGAACCUCGAUUCCCCCAAGCCGGAGCUUCCCCGAGAGCUCAGCAGCUCCUUGCCGAGGCUCUCCCUGA